AAAGAAGGCAUGGAGUAUUUAUAGCUCAUGAGCAUCCACCGUUAUAUACCAGAGGGGAAAGGGGUCAGGACAUCUAGCCAUUGUUUUGUGUACUGCUCCAUCAUAAGGCAGCGAGGGCAACUGCUUGGUUCUCAUCCAGCUACAACUAAACAUGUCCCCUAAAAAAGCCAAGAAGAGAGCAGCAGAAGGAGCGAGCUCCAAUGUGUUCUCCAUGUUUGAGCAGACCCAGAUCCAGGAGUUUAAAGAGGCUUUCACCAUCAUGGAUCAAAACAGAGACGGCUUCAUUGACAAGAAUGACCUGAGGGACACUUUUGCAGCUUUAGGUCGUCUGAACGUCAAACAGGAAGAGAUUGACGAUAUGCUGAAGGAGGCUCCAGGUCCCGUCAACUUUACAGUCUUUCUCACCAUGUUUGGAGAGAAACUAAAAGGCGCUGACCCAGAGGAAACCAUCCUGAAUGCUUUCAAAGUCUUUGACCCAGAGGGGACAGGGACGCUAAAGAAAGAUUAUGUGACAGAGAUGCUGACGACCCAGGCGGACAGAUUCUCAGCUGAAGAGAUGGAACAGAUGUUUACAGCGUUUCCUCCAGAUGUAGCAGGAAACCUGGACUACAAGAACCUGGUGCACAUCAUCACACACGGUGAAGAGAAAGAUCAGGAAUAGAUGCUGCCGGCCGACCGGAUCCUGCUUGUAUCCGGAUACUUCAGCGCAUAAACCAAAGUCUGAAUAAAAAGAUAAAAAAGAAA